UCAUUAUCAGCUUGAUUGCACCGACAAGCGACGUGAACCCCAUUUGCAACACGACGACGGAGACGCUAAUACCCCACCCCACAAAGUGUGCCCAGUACUACAAUUGUAGCGCCCCAGCCAUGAAAUUUAACCGCAUCAUCUUGGGGAAGAACUUACAGGAAUGUCCCUACCCGCAGUUGUACAACCCUGGAACACAGAGAUGUGAGCACUACAGCAUGGUCCAGUGCGGUAACAGAAUGGAGCCCCUGGGAAAAUGCGAGUAUGCCCGGUACGCGUGUCUUGGGUCAGUCAACUGUGGACCACCGUGUUUCGUCAACAACCCAACCUGCAGGUUCCUUCCUGACGGCCUCAACGCCUACGAAAAUCGCCCCGGCUCUUCUUUCUACGUUGUAUGUGUUAAUCAGCGACUGGUCUACACUGGCGAGUGCCACGAUAACGGAACGGGGACACCUGUCUUUGACGUUAACUUGCGUGCCUGCAGGGACAGCGUGUGCUGCACUUAAGACGCCUGAAGCGUAACUACAACAAGCACCUGCCCGUGAACAGUUCUAGCGCUGUGAAGCUUUCUUGUAGACGGUUCGGAUCUCAUCAACAGCCCCAUGAUGUGUGAGUGUCGCGUGUUGUGCUUGCUGAUGGUGUUGCUGAUCGCCCUGGA